UCAUCGCAGCAGCACCACCGAAACGCCCUUAAUCAUGGCGGAACCUCAAAUCGCAUACGCUCAAGAUGAGCACGGUCGACCGUUCAUCGUGGUGCGAGAGCAAGGCAAAAAAACACGAGCGCAAGGCAUUCAAGCUCUCAAGAAUCACAUCUCAGCAGCCAAGUCUGUAGCUCAGAUCGUCAGGACGUCAUUAGGACCUCGGGGAUUGGAUAAGAUUCUGAUCUCGCCCGACGGAGAUAUUCAAGUGACCAAUGAUGGAGCUACGAUUAUGCAGAAUAUGGAGUUGGAGAAUCAGAUCGCCAAGCUCAUGGUUCAGCUCAGCGCAAGCCAGGAUUCGGAGAUUGGAGACGGCACUACUGGUGUAGUAGUGCUCGCUGGUGCCCUGUUGGAGCAUUCAGAGGCGCUGCUGGACAGGGGCAUUCACCCCAUUCGGAUCGCAGAUGGCUUCGAGAGGGCUUGUCAAGUGGCCGUCUCUGCUCUUGAAAAGGUCGCUGAUAAGGUCGACUUUGGCAAAUCCAAGGGCGAACAGGUGGAGCUGCUCAAAACGGCAAAGACGAGUUUGGGAAGCAAAAUCGUCUCCAAAGCUGGAGACCUCUUCGCCAACAUUGCAGUCGACGCUGUGCUCUCAGUGGCCGAUCUGGACCGCAGAGAUGUCGACUUUGAGCUCAUCAAAGUGGAUGGUAAAUCCGGCGGCUCACUCGAGGACACUGCUCUGGUCAAAGGAGUAGUGGUGGACAAAGAUUUCUCUCAUCCACAAAUGCCUCGCGAGGUUCGCAACGCCAAGAUUGCGAUUCUGACGUGUCCAUUUGAGCCACCUCGACCCAAGACGAAGCAUAAGCUGGACAUUACGAGUGUCGAAGAGUACAAAAAGCUGCAAGAGUACGAAAAGACGACGUUCGAGGAUAUGAUCAAGAGGGUCAAGGAUUGCGGUGCUAACUUGGUCAUCUGUCAAUGGGGCUUUGACGACGAGGCCAAUCAUUUGCUGUUGCAGCACGAUCUGCCCGCUGUCAGAUGGGUUGGUGGACCGGAAAUCGAAUUGAUCGCUAUUGCGACGAAUGGAAGGAUCGUGCCUCGCUUUGAAGACCUCAGCCCCGAGAAGCUCGGGACUGCUGGUCUCGUCAAGGAAGUGGGAUUCGGCACCACUCGUGACAGGAUGCUGGUCAUUGAGGAAUGCGCCAACCCUCGCGCAGUCACUGUCUUCGUUCGAGGUUCCAACAAGAUGAUCAUCGACGAAGCCAAGCGUGCUCUGCACGAUGCUAUCUGUGUGGUCAGGAAUCUCGUAGUCGACAAUAGGGUGGUAUAUGGCGGAGGCGCAGCCGAGAUAGUCGCGAGCGUCGCGGUAGCCAAAGCUGCCGACGAAAUCGCAACGAUCGAACAAUACGCGAUGCGAGCUUUUGCCUCUGCUCUGGACGCUAUUCCGCUAGCUUUGGCAGAGAAUAGCGGCUACGCUCCCAUCGAGACUCUGGCAGAAGCAAAAGCUUCACAGAUCAAUACAAACGACCCUCGCAUCGGUAUCGAUUGCAUGGGCUCUGGUAUCACCAACAUGCGCGAAGCUCGCGUAUUUGAUCCCCUCGUCUCGAAGCGUCAGCAGCUCCUGCUUGCGACACAACUGGUCAGAGCAGUCCUGAAAAUCGACGAUGUGAUCGAGCAACAUAACGUCGAGUGAUGUUUGGCUAGGC